AUGAAAUUACUUGAGCAGUAUAAAGAUUCUAUAGCACUUGCAAAGAAUCAAAAUAUUAUCACUGAUACCUCAUUCAAAAAAGCAUUGGAUAAUUGUUUUUCUGUCCUGGCAGAAAGAGAUAAAAUACAUGGCACUCAUACCUUUGAUUCAAAGCCAGACAUUACCAAAGAAUUCUAUGCAGCACUACUUUCUGUGACCACUGAAUUUGUAAGAAGAGCAUAUUGUAAAGAAGACAUUCAGCAAUACCUAAGUGAUGAUUGUGGAUUAUCCUCAUCCAGAGUAGAAAUGUUUCUACAUGAUUUUUACAAACAUAGGUUGGGCAUUGAAAUGUCCUUGCUGAACAUUGGUGACUCCCUACCACACAUUACUGAUGUUAAAUGGAAAAUUGAUUAUAUUAUGAAGUCAAGUACAAUGGAUUCCUCUGAAGGCCCAUUGUUCAGGAUAUGUCUUGUCACAGACAAGUAUGAUCCAGAAACAGAGACAAAAAAGAUGUCUACUAUAAAUUUCACUUGCACAUCUCAGGAACUACAAGAUUUAGUUUAUAAGCUGAAAGACUCUGUGAGACAUUGUAGUACUGUAACAAGUAGAAUUUUGUGA